ACAACAGCUCAGUUAUCUCCGGACAGGCCAUUGACGAGCAACACAUUUCAUCCUCUCUUCCCAAAAUCAUAUUCGGCAUCUCAAUAUAACCGAUUUUUAUCGGUUAUUAAAUCUUCUUAGUGAUUAUUUAAGCACACCGGCUUAAAUGUGCCGACUCCAAGUGUUCACCGAGUCCAAGUUAUCUUAACGUCGUCGCACAUUUCGGAAAGUCGCAAAGAAAUCACCACGACUAUUUAGAAAUCAUCCUGCGCCAGAUGAUAAACCGAUCGCUCAGAUUAACGUCGACAACGAUCUUCGUGCGACCUUCGACCUCUCCGAGUUCUUCGUAUGUGGCCUCUAAAAUUCUGACGAGAUCUGCUCAUGAGACGACACAUAACGGCAUUACGAUCCUGGAAUAUCUUCGAAGGAGAGAAGAGGCAAAAGAGGGUGAAAUAUGACGAAGCCAAAGAUGUCAGCCCUGGUGGCCUCCGCUAUACGCAAUCUGCGGGAAAUUCGUGGUUCCACGUCAAAGGAAAUCAUGAGUUACAUUAAAUCUCAAUAUACGGGAUCGGACUCGAACAUACAAAAACAGAUAUACGCUGCCUUGAAACGCGGCUUGGACUACGGUAUCCUGAAGAGGGACCGUGGUUAUUACAGCCUGAAUACGGAUCCUGAAAUGAUGUACAAAGCGCAUACCGUGGCGCCCUUGGAGCAAGGCAGGAGACGAAGAAGGCGAAGAAGGCGACGACGUGGCCGUGGAGUAUCGCGAAGAGCGAGACCAAGUCGCCGAGGUCGCAGGAGGAGGGGCAGGGGCAGGGGCAGAGGUAGGGGUAGGGGAAGGAGGAGGGGAAGGGGAAGGAGGAGAAGCAGAAGCUCAAGGAGCAGAGGGGGCAGCUCUUCGCUUCCUCGAACGAGGUCCCUCGCAGCAGCCAGGUGCAAGUGCGCCACGUCCAGGAAGCGCACGGAAGACACCUUGCGAAAUUCCCCGGUGGAGAAUCUCCGAAAGGACAUGACUUAUUUGUAUAAGAAGGGUAUCAACAACAACCAGACGCCGUCCAGACAUCAGAGUCGUAGUCGGGAUCGAAGUCAGACGCGCAGCCGAUCGAGUAGCAGCGACAAGGAAAUGAUUGACGACCAAAAUCGCGAUCAACAAUAAACAUCUACACACGAAAAGAUACUGCGGAUCUUAAUCCUUCGCAGUCGUAUAUCGUCCACGUAAAAUUGACAAUUGAAAUUUUUAUGCAAAAUUGAAAUUUUUUUUAUCAGAGGUAUAUACAUGGAAAAAUUAAUUAUUAUAUUUUAUUAUUGUAUAUUAUUUCGUACAAUUCAAUUUGGAAUAGGAAGCAAAUUUUAUAACCUUUUAAUCGGGACUGCAAAGGAUUAAUUGUUCGACACGGUGGUUAUCAAUCAAUGACGAGGGGAUAACUCUGACGAAUCUAGAUUUUGUUUUAUUUUGACGAUAAAUUAUAGUGCUCCGAAAUGUACGUCGACAGCGAACUUUGUCUUGUAGUCUUCGACUUUUUACAAAUUUUAUAUGUUUCCUUUACACUGACUGAUUAUAUAAAC